AGCCUUUAGCACCGGGGGAGGCUCUGCAGCCCAGCCAGAAGCAGAGGGCCUGCGUCCAGCCACCAUGAAGCUCCUGCACCUGGCACUGCUACUGGGCUGCCUCUGUGGGUCUUUUGAAGCUGAAGAGUCCUGUGUGGGCCGCUGCGACGAGGGCUUCAACAGUCAGAAGAAGUGCCAGUGUGAUGAUCUCUGUGGGUACUACCAGAGCUGCUGCAGUGACUACGUCAGCACCUGCAAGCCCAAAGUGACGCGUGGGGAUGUCUUUGUCCAGCCAGAGGAUGACUACCUGGAUUACGACUACCUGGCCAAUGGCACCAUCUUGGUGCCCACCAGCUCCACCCCGGUGCCCACGGUGAGCUUUGCUGAGGAGCAGGCCUGGACAGAAGCAGGCGAGGUGUGGUCUGUGGCCGGCAUGGAGGGAGUCACCUGGGGCCCAGCAGAGGCUUCUACUCCAACCCAGCCAAGAGGGCAGGAGGAGGAGGAGGAGGAGGAGGAGGAGACCCUGUGCAGCGGGAAGCCCUUUGAUGCCUUCACCAGCCUGAAGAACGGCUCCAUCUUUGCUUUCCGAGGGAAGCACCUGUACGAGCUGGACGAGAAGACUGUGAGGCCGGGGUACCCCAAACUGAUCUGGGACGUGUGGGGCAUCGACGGCCCCAUCGACGCCGCCUUCACCCGCAUGAACUGCCAGGGCAAGACCUACCUCUUCCAGGGGAGCCGCUACUGGCGCUUCGACGAGGGCGUCCUGGAGGACGGCUUUCCCCGCAAUAUCUCCGAGGGCUUCGAGGGCAUUCCGGACGACCUCGACGCCGCCCUCGCCCUGCCCGCCGAGAACUACUUCACCAGCGAGCGCGUCUACUUCUUCAAAGGGAGCCGGUACUGGUCCUACGACUUCACUCACCAGCCGAGCCGCGAGGAGUGUGAGCAGACGUCCCCCUCGCUGGUCUUCGACCACUACACGGUGCUGCAGCACGACAGCUGGGAGGAGUUAUUCCGGCUGCUCUUCAGGGGCCCCAGGACAGGUGAGGCCAGCGGACCGCACUUCAUCGGCCGCGACUGGCAAGGCCUGCCAGGCUGGCUGGACGCCGCCAUGCUAGGCAGGAUCUACCUGGCCCAGACCCCCUCCAGGACGCUCACCCGGCGGAAGACCUCCCGCCGGUACCGCAAGAAGUACCAGCGCCGACAGCGCUGGGGCCGCUGGAAGUCGCCGAUCUGGGAUGUGCUGGGCGGGGGCAGCUCAGAGUCCUCGGACCGGGACUGGCUGCUGCUGGGCAGCUCGCCCUGCCAGCCUUUCCAGAGCGCCUAUUUCUUCGUGGACGACCAGUACUACCGGUUCAACCUGCACACACAGCAGGUGGACCGGGUGCGCCCCAAGUAUCCACGCCCCAUCGCCAAAUACUGGCUGGGUUGCCCAUCGGAGGAUCUGGCCUGAGCUCAGCCACAGACCCCGCUGGACCUGCUCACUUGCCAAAUAAAUUGCAGUGCCCAGCGGGAGCCGGAGCGGGAAGGGGGCUUUCCACAGCCACGUGGCUCUCGUUUCCCCUUUCCCACGGCUUCGUGCACCGACGCAGCGCCUGGAAGCAAAAGGCCGCCUCUGCGCGCAUCUGUACCCAGCAGCCCAAGGGCACCAACCCCCGCGCCUUCGACAACGUGGCCGAAAUGCAGAAGGGCCACCCGGGAGGCAGCGAUGCGUGUUUGAACCAGGCAGCUCGAUCAGCGCCUGCGAGGGAAAGGACCGCGGGUUCCUUGGGCUGCACGUAGGACGCUUCCCGGACCUCUAUUUCGCCUUCCCGAAGCAAACCCAGGAAAGCCGGCUGGGUGUGGUGCUUCGGGCGCCGGGAUAGAAAGCGGGCAGCUGAGUUUUAGUCCUGCCUUAGGCUCGAAUCCAGCUGGGGCCUGGGCCGGUCCUUCGCUCCCAGCCCGGGAAGGGGGCGGCGGGGCAAAGCACUUCCGAAAAUGCUGCCUAGAAAACCGCAGGGACUGGUCCAGGCAAGUCCCCUGAAGGCACCAGGAAAAAAAAAAGCAGAAUCGUGGGCCUCCCUCAGCUUGGGGACCUCUCGAGGGCAGCCGAAGGAGUCCCUGAAGGCCUGCUUUGGAUCCCGGG